GGAUUGUUCCUGCCUGAUCCAUUAAGCCUGUGAUUAAACCUGUUGUGAAAUCUAUGUCUGCAUCUUAAGCGUAUUUAAACCUCUCAGCCUCCGAGUCCAAACCAACACUGAGAAGAUCCUUGAGGAGGACACAACCAUGAAGAUGUUCUACACGAGCUGCUUUCUCAUAGCUCUGGUGAUCACCGUUCGGUCGGGUCCGAUCCCGGGGCAAGCCGAGCGAGACGAUGCUUUUGCGGAGGCUUACCUGAAGAAAUUCUACAACCUCACUACAAACAAUAAUAAAGGAAGAUUCAAUGAGAUGGGUCUCAAGCUAGCUGAGAUGCAGAAGUUUUUUGGACUGACCGUUACAGGAACGCUGGACUCCAAGACCCUGGAAAUGAUGAAGAAGCCACGGUGUGGAGUUGUCGACGUGGGUGCGUACACCACGUUCGGAGAAGACCUCAAAUGGCAAACGAACCAGCUGACCUACAGGAUCGAGAAUUACACUCCUGACAUGUCUGUGGCUGAAGUGGACGAGACUAUCGAGAGAGCGCUGCAAGUCUGGGCUCGUGUCACUCCUCUGAGGUUCACCCGCAUCAACAGCGGUGUAGCCGACAUCAUGAUCUCCUUUGGGGGAGGAUCACACGGCGACGCCUACCCAUUUGAUGGACCGUCCGGCACUCUGGCUCAUGCUUUUGCCCCAUCCAGUGGAAUCGGUGGAGACGCACAUUUCGACGAAGAUGAAAGCUUCACCUUCUCUUCGACUAAUGGAUUUAUUUUGUUCCUGGUGGCUGCUCAUGAGUUUGGUCACUCUCUGGGUCUGUCUCACUCCAGUGACCCCGGGGCCCUCAUGUAUCCGACAUACAGCUACAGAGACCCAAAAACAUUUGUUCUGCCUGCUGAUGAUGUUAAAGGCAUCCAGUCUCUCUAUGGUCCAAACCCCGAUAAACCUGUCGAUCCCAGUAAACCCAGUCCGCCUCCAGUCACCCCGAGCGCCUGCGACCGCACGCUGGUCCUGGACGCUGUGGCCACUCUGCGUGGAGAGAAGCUCUUCUUCAAGGGCAGCUUCUUCUGGCGCUUAAUCGGGACCAACGACGUCCAGCAGCAGCUGAUUAAGAGCUUCUGGCCUGAGGCUCCAGAUAAUAUCGAUGCUGCGUAUGAGAACACUGCGCAAGACAGACUGUACCUCAUCAAAGAUCAGUCUGUCUGGGCUUUCAGUGCUUAUGACCUGGUAAGUGGAUUUCCCAAGAGUCUUAACAGCUUGGGUCUUCCUGCCAAGGUGAAGAAGAUCAGUGCUGCAGUAUUCAACAAAAACACCGGCAAGACCUUGUACUUUGUGGACAAUAAUUUCUACAGUUACGAUGAAAACAAGAAGAAGAUGGACACCGGAUACCCCAAACCGGUAGAACAAGGCUUCCCGGGGGUCACUGGGAAAAUCACUGCUGCUUUCCAGAACAAAGGCUUCACCUACCUCUUCAGCGGUACUCAUAUUUUUGAGUACAGCACUUCUACUAAGAAGGUGUUGCGUACGCUCGACAACACCUACUUCUUCAAGUGCUAGUGGUUGGUUUAUUGUUUAUUUUGGAACCAGGGCCUGAUGAAGCUUCCGGGAUUUGGUCAUAUAAAUUUCACAGAUCAUAUAAUGAAUUAUUCAUCGUUUACUGUAUGUUUUUAACUUAUUUACUAUUAUCUUUCAUUUAUUCUGCUAUAUAACACUUUCUUUUGCUGUAAAAUAA